AUGUGGUGCUGCCAUUACCUGCGACGAUGUGGUGCUGCCAUCACCUGCUACGGUGCUGCUAUUACCAGAUGUGGUGCUGCCAUCACCUGCUACGGUGCUGCUAUUACCAGAUGUGGUGCUGCCAUUACCUGCGACGGUGCUGCUAUUACCAGAUGUGCUGCUGCCAUCACCUGCUACGGUGCUGCUAUUACCAGAUGUGAUGUGGUGCUGCCAUUACCUGCGACGGUGCUGCUAUUACCAGAUGUGGUGCUGCCAUUACCUGCGACGGUGCUGCUAUUACCAGAUGUGGUGCUGCCAUUACCUGCGACGGUGCUGCUAUUACCAGAUGUGGUGCUGCCAUUACCUGCUACGGUUCUGCUAUUACCAGAUGUGGUGCUGCCAUUACCUGCUACGGUUCUGCUAUUACCAGAUGUGGUGCUGCCAUUACCUGCGACGGUGCUGCUAUUACCAGAUGUGGUGCUGCCAUUACCUGCGACGGUGCUGCUAUUACCAGAUGUGGUGCUGCCAUUACCUGCUACGGUUCUGCUAUUACCAGAUGUGGUGCUGCCAUUACCUGCUACGGUUCUGCUAUUACCAGAUGUGGUGCUGCCAUUACCUGCGACGGUGCUGCUAUUACCAGAUGUGGUGCUGCCAUUACCUGCUACGGUGCUGCUAUUACCAGAUGUGGUGCUGCCAUUACCUGCGACGGUGCUGCUAUUACCAGAUGUGGUGCUGCCAUUACCUGCGACGGUGCUGCUAUUACCAGAUGUGGUGCUGCCAUUACCUGCGACGGUGCUGCUAUUACCAGAUGUGGUGCUGCCAUUACCUGCUACGGUGCUGCUAUUACCAGAUGUGGUGCUGCCAUUACCUGCUACGGUUCUGCUAUUACCAGAUGUGGUGCUGCCAUUACCUGCGACGGUGCUGCUAUUACCAGAUGUGGUGCUGCCAUUACCUGCGACGGUGCUGCUAUUACCAGAUGUGGUGCUGCCAUUACCUGCGACGGUGCUGCUAUUACCAGAUGUGGUGCUGCCAUUACCUGCGACGGUGCUGCUAUUACCAGAUGUGGUGCUGCCAUUACCUGCUACGGUGCUGCUAUUACCAGAUGUGGUGCUGCCAUUACCUGCUACGGUUCUGCUAUUACCAGAUGUGGUGCUGCCAUUACCUGCGACGGUGCUGCUAUUACCAGAUGUGGUGCUGCCAUUACCUGCUACGGUUCUGCUAUUACCAGAUGUGGUGCUGCCAUUACCUGCGACGGUGCUGCUAUUACCAGAUGUGGUGCUGCCAUUACCUGCGACGGUGCUGCUAUUACCAGAUGUGGUGCUGCCAUUACCUGCGACGGUGCUGCUAUUACCAGAUGUGGUGCUGCCAUUACCUGCGACGGUGCUGCUAUUACCAGAUGUGGUGCUGCCAUUACCUGCGACGGUGCUGCUAUUACCAGAUGUGGUGCUGCCAUUACCUGCUACGGUGCUGCUAUUACCAGAUGUGGUGCUGCCAUUACCUGCGACGGUGCUGCUAUUACCAGAUGUGGUGCUGCCAUUACCUGCGACGGUGCUGCUAUUACCAGAUGUGGUGCUGCCAUUACCUGCGACGGUGCUGCUAUUACCAGAUGUGGUGCUGCCAUUACCUGCGACGGUGCUGCUAUUACCAGAUGUGGUGCUGCCAUUACCUGCUACGGUUCUGCUAUUACCAGAUGUGGUGCUGCCAUUACCUGCUACGGUUCUGCUAUUACCAGAUGUGGUGCUGCCAUUACCUGCGACGGUGCUGCUAUUACCAGAUGUGGUGCUGCCAUUACCUGCGACGGUGCUGCUAUUACCAGAUGUGGUGCUGCCAUUACCUGCGACGGUGCUGCUAUUACCAGAUGUGGUGCUGCCAUUACCUGCUACGGUGCUGCUAUUACCAGAUGUGGUGCUGCCAUUACCUGCGACGGUGCUGCUAUUACCAGAUGUGGUGCUGCCAUUACCUGCGACGGUGCUGCUAUUACCAGAUGUGGUGCUGCCAUUACCUGCGACGGUGCUGCUAUUACCAGAUGUGGUGCUGCCAUUACCUGCGACGGUGCUGCUAUUACCAGAUGUGGUGCUGCCAUUACCUGCUACGGUUCUGCUAUUACCAGAUGUGGUGCUGCCAUUACCUGCUACGGUUCUGCUAUUACCAGAUGUGGUGCUGCCAUUACCUGCGACGGUGCUGCUAUUACCAGAUGUGGUGCUGCCAUUACCUGCGACGGUGCUGCUAUUACCAGAUGUGGUGCUGCCAUUACCUGCUACGGUGCUGCUAUUACCAGAUGUGGUGCUGCCAUUACCUGCUACGGUUCUGCUAUUACCAGAUGUGGUGCUGCCAUUACCUGCGACGGUGCUGCUAUUACCAGAUGUGGUGCUGCCAUUACCUGCUACGGUUCUGCUAUUACCAGAUGUGGUGCUGCCAUUACCUGCGACGGUGCUGCUAUUACCAGAUGUGGUGCUGCCAUUACCUGCGACGGUGCUGCUAUUACCAGAUGUGGUGCUGCCAUUACCUGCGACGGUGCUGCUAUUACCAGAUGUGGUGCUGCCAUUACCUGCGACGGUGCUGCUAUUACCAGAUGUGGUGCUGCCAUUACCUGCGACGGUGCUGCUAUUACCAGAUGUGGUGCUGCCAUCACCUGCUACGGUGCUGCUAUUACCAGAUGUGGUGCUGCCAUCACCUGCUACGGUGCUGCUAUUACCAGAUGUGGUGCUGCCAUUACCUGCGACGGUGCUGCUAUUACCAGAUGUGGUGCUGCCAUCACCUGCUACGGUGCUGCUAUUACCAGAUGUGGUGCUGCCAUUACCUGCGACGGUGCUGCUAUUACCAGAUGUGGUGCUGCCAUUACCUGCGACGGUGCUGCUAUUACCAGAUGUGGUGCUGCCAUUACCUGCGACGGUGCUGCUAUUACCAGAUGUGGUGCUGCCAUUACCUGCGACGGUGCUGCUAUUACCAGAUGUGGUGCUGCCAUUACCUGCGACGGUGCUGCUAUUACCAGAUGUGGUGCUGCCAUUACCUGCGACGGUGCUGCUAUUACCAGAUGUGGUGCUGCCAUUACCUGCGACGGUGCUGCUAUUACCAGAUGUGGUGCUGCCAUUACCUGCGACGGUGCUGCUAUUACCAGAUGUGGUGCUGCCAUUACCUGCGACGGUGCUGCUAUUACCAGAUGUGGUGCUGCCAUUACCUGCGACGGUGCUGCUAUUACCAGAUGUGGUGCUGCCAUUACCUGCGACGGUGCUGCUAUUACCAGAUGUGGUGCUGCCAUCACCUGCUACGGUGCUGCUAUUACCAGAUGUGGUGCUGCCAUCACCUGCUACGGUGCUGCUAUUACCAGAUGUGGUGCUGCCAUUACCUGCGACGGUGCUGCUAUUACCAGAUGUGGUGCUGCCAUCACCUGCUACGGUGCUGCUAUUACCAGAUGUGGUGCUGCCAUUACCUGCGACGGUGCUGCUAUUACCAAAAGUGGUGCUGCCAUUACCUGCGACGGUGCUGCUAUUACCAGAUGUGGUGCUGCCAUUACCUGCGACGGUGCUGCUAUUACCAGAUGUGGUGCUGCCAUCACCUGCUACGGUGCUGCUAUUACCAGAUGUGGUGCUGCCAUCACCUGCUACGGUGCUGCUAUUACCAGAUGUGGUGCUGCCAUUACCUGCGACGGUGCUGCUAUUACCAGAUGUGGUGCUGCCAUCACCUGCUACGGUGCUGCUAUUACCAGAUGUGGUGCUGCCAUUACCUGCGACGGUGCUGCUAUUACCAGAUGUGGUGCUGCCAUUACCUGCGACGGUGCUGCUAUUACCAGAUGUGGUGCUGCCAUUACCUGCGACGGUGCUGCUAUUACCAGAUGUGGUGCUGCCAUUACCUGCGACGGUGCUGCUAUUACCAGAUGUGGUGCUGCCAUUACCUGCGACGGUGCUGCUAUUACCAGAUGUGGUGCUGCCAUUACCUGCGACGGUGCUGCUAUUACCAGAUGUGGUGCUGCCAUUACCUGCGACGGUGCUGCUAUUACCAGAUGUGGUGCUGCCAUUACCUGCGACGGUGCUGCUAUUACCAGAUGUGGUGCUGCCAUUACCUGCGACGGUGCUGCUAUUACCAGAUGUGGUGCUGCCAUUACCUGCGACGGUGCUGCUAUUACCAGAUGUGGUGCUGCCAUUACCUGCGACGGUGCUGCUAUUACCAGAUGUGGUGCUGCCAUUACCUGCGACGGUGCUGCUAUUACCAGAUGUGGUGCUGCCAUUACCUGCUACGGUGCUGCUAUUACCAGAUGUGGUGCUGCCAUUACCUGCGACGGUGCUGCUAUUACCAGAUGUGGUGCUGCCAUUACCUGCGACGGUGCUGCUAUUACCAGAUGUGGUGCUGCCAUUACCUGCUACGGUUCUGCUAUUACCAGAUGUGGUGCUGCCAUUACCUGCGACGGUGCUGCUAUUACCAGAUGUGGUGCUGCCAUCACCUGCUACGGUGCUGCUAUUACCAGAUGUGGUGCUGCCAUUACCUGCGACGGUGCUGCUAUUACCAGAUGUGGUGCUGCCAUUACCUGCGACGGUGCUGCUAUUACCAGAUGUGGUGCUGCCAUUACCUGCGACGGUGCUGCUAUUACCAGAUGUGGUGCUGCCAUUACCUGCUACGGUGCUGCUAUUACCAGAUGUGGUGCUGCCAUUACCUGCGACGGUGCUGCUAUUACCAGAUGUGGUGCUGCCAUCACCUGCUACGGUGCUGCUAUUACCAGAUGUGGUGCUGCCAUUACCUGCUACGGUGCUGCUAUUACCAGAUGUGGUGCUGCCAUUACCUGCGACGGUGCUGCUAUUACCAGAUGUGGUGCUGCCAUUACCUGCGACGGUGCUGCUAUUACCAGAUGUGGUGCUGCCAUUACCUGCGACGGUGCUGCUAUUACCAGAUGUGGUGCUGCCAUUACCUGCUACGGUUCUGCUAUUACCAGAUGUGGUGCUGCCAUUACCUGCGACGGUGCUGCUAUUACCAGAUGUGGUGCUGCCAUUACCUGCGACGGUGCUGCUAUUACCAGAUGUGGUGGGGCAGGAGGAGCAGAAGGUGGAGCAGUCGGAGCAGAAGAGGGUGGUGUUGACAGCGACCACGGUGCAUGGCCCUGUGGGGCAUGACAUGAGCAGCCCGUCAUAG